AUGACUUCUCCGUUUACCUAUCUCUUGGACGACUCGGAUCCCCGCAUCCAGUACUCAUUAGGAUGGCAGCGUGGCGGCCUAGCUCCGGAGUUCAAUAGUUCCACCACAUACACGGACGGCCUCAACGAGACGUUGACCGUUUCAUUUGUCGGCACAUCCGUCAGCGUCUUUGGCUCUGUCACAAAUUCUACGGUAAACUCGUCGUAUGAGGUUGACGGCACCACGACCUCGAGAUUCUCCAUGGAUCCAAAGGGCGGACGGAUAUACCGCGUAUUGUUCUACGAGUCGCCCGCCCUAUCGCACGGGAAGCAUACACUAGUUGCGACUAGCAGGGGCGGUAGAGUCGUCGUCGAUUACAUCACUAUCACUUCCACGCUGCCGAAUACCUUCUCCGCAUGCGUGACGCAGUUGUGUGGCUCUGAGAGCAAUAGCGCCAGUGCUGGUACGACGCUGACGUCGACGGCUCGCGUAAACGCAGCCAUCAUAGUCGGAUGCGUUCUUGGAGGACUUGCGCUGGUUGGCCUGUUUUGGAUUAUAUGGCACCUCUGCCGUCAAGCGGCACUAAAAUUUGACGCCGCGGUCGCAAGGCCUUAUGAUAUCUAUGUUGCCGAGUUCCAUGUCCUUGACUUAUAG